UUUUUUUUUUUCCUCCUCCUGCUCUCCUAUUUUCUGCUCUCUUCUUCUUCUUCUUCUCCUUUCUUCCAUCUCAUCCCCCCUCAAUCCUCUUUGGCUUCCUCUCCUGCCUCUUCUAUUUCACUUUCCUCCCUCCCUUCUUUCUCUCUCCCCCGCGUCCUGUUCCCCGCUUUCGGAACGAAUACCUCACAAUGUCCACCACUUCCACAUCUACCCCUCAACAGGUCAAGGAUGAGGUCAAGAUCACAGACCCCAAGCCUGUAAACCAGACCAUCGCCCAGAUCCGCUCUCUCGCGGCUGGCGCGACUGGUGGUCUUUGCGCCGUUAUUGUCGGUCACCCGUUCGACUUGGUUAAGGUGCGACUGCAGACGGCGGAGAAGGGUGUCUACUCGGGUGCAAUUGAUGUUGUGAAGCGCACAGUUGCCCGUGAGGGUCUUGCGAGGGGUUUGUAUGCUGGUGUUUCGGCGCCGUUGGUUGGAGUUACUCCUAUGUUCGCUGUUAGCUUCUGGGGUUAUGAUGUGGGCAAGCAACUUGUCAACAGCUUGUCGACUGUUCGCGUGGAAAACAACACCCCCCAGUACUCAAUUGCCCAGAUCUCCGCGGCUGGUUUCUUCUCCGCCAUCCCCAUGACCCUGAUCACCGCUCCCUUUGAGCGUGUCAAGGUGCUCCUCCAGAUCCAGGGCCAGAACCCUCCUCCCCCGGGCCAGAAGCCCAAGUACUCCGGCGGUUUGGAUGUGGUCAAACAAUUGUACAAGGAGGGUGGUGUUCGCAGUGUCUUUCGUGGUAGCGCAAUGACUCUGGCCCGUGACGGUCCUGGUUCUGCCGCCUACUUCGCGGCCUACGAGUACAUUAAGCGUUCUUUGACACCCAAGGAUGAGCGGGGCAAUGUCACCGGUCAGCUGUCGCUUCCUGCCGUUUUGGCUGCUGGUGGUGCGGCCGGUAUUGCCAUGUGGAUCCCUGUUUUCCCUGUCGACACUAUCAAGUCGAGAUUGCAGAGUGCCCCCGGCAAGCCUACCAUCGGAGGUACCAUCCGUGCUGUCUACGGUAAUGGUGGAUUCAAGGCCUUCUUCCCUGGUUUCGGCCCUGCCCUGGCCAGAGCCGUCCCUGCCAACGCCGCUACUUUUGCCGGUGUCGAACUGGCCCACAACUUCAUGAAGAAGCUCUUCGACGACGAAUAGAUGAUAGAUCCUGACUAUCGGAAUAACAAAAGAGGAGGACGACUCAUAGAGGUAUUGUAAAUGUACCGUACCUUUUUUCUUUCUGUGUUUGCGGCGUUCUUGCCCAUUUUGAGCAUUUGUCUGGCAAGCUGGAUGUCCUAUUUUCCAUUGUUUAGAUUUAUGGUUUUCCCGUUGUUCAUCUAUACCUUUUUUU